AUCCGCAGUUGGAAGAACACUUCGACCCAUGGAGGAAGAUAAUAAUCCCCAAAUACUUGAAUAUGCUCACUCUGAGUUUAAAAGACAUAAUUUUAAACAGGCAGAAGAAAUGUACUCAAAGUUUAUCUCUUCCUGCUUACAGUCCAGGGAAUGUGACGCCAGUGAUUUGGCCAUUGCUUAUAACAACCGCGGACAGAUAAAGUACCUCCGGGUGGAUUUUCAUGAAGCAGUGGAGGACUACACCUCCGCAAUACAGACUGACAGCCGGUUUGAAACACCUUUCUACAACAGAGGACUCAUCCACUAUAGACUAGGUUUUUUCAACGAUGCCAAGAGUGACUUCCAGCAAGCAUUAAAGCUCAAUCCAGAUUUUGAAGAUGCCAAAGUGAGCCUGCAACAGACACUUCUGGACCAGCAGCACAAGAUAAACAGGGGAUACUGACAGUUUCAUAAACUUUAGAGUACAUAUUUUAUAUAUCCUGAAAUCUGGUGACUAAAGAAAAGAUGUAUAUUCUGUCAA